UUAUAAUAUCAGAAUUAUUAGCCAGGUGUUUAGCCAGAUCUUAUUUAGGGUCUAAAUCAAAGUGCAUAUUCUUAAAUGAAAUUAUCUCAUCCUGGCUAAGUCAUUUUCAUUCGCAGUUGCGUACUUUGUACUGUGUACAAACUAUGAAAACAUCUUACAUAUCAUAAUUUACAUAUUGUAACUGAGGCCUAUUUAAGAAAAAACAGCAUUAAUGUUUCGAAAACUAAAGCGAUAACAAAACGCUGUAUGUUACUAGAAUGCUCAAUUCAGAUAAUUAAAUAUGAUAUUUGGCCCUCCUAAUACAAAUAAAAAGUGUGUGUAUGCGUCAGUAUGUGAAAUUACGUAAGAAUUUAAAUACGUAUGCAUGGCAUACCUGCUAAUUCGAUUAAGCACGGCUGCUAUUCAAAAUGAAAUUUCACAAAUCGAUUUUGCGGUACGGAUAUAAUGAAUCAGUUUAACGCCUUUAAUAAACACUAGUUAUAAUGUGGUGAUAGUUGUGGAGUGCUGAAGGCGUAAUGAUGAAAAGGAUUAUGUGUAUUCUAUUUUUAAUGAGUUUUGUUUAUUUAUUAAAAGCUGACGAGGAUGCAAUCCCCGAUGAAAUCAAGAUGACUUUUGAAGACUAUCCAUCAAUAGAAUUAGCUGUCACUUCUAUGGAUUAUGCCAGUAAUAAGGAACAGAAACCUGACCGAGAAUAUGCAUAUUUGAAGGACCCUUCCAGCGAAGAAGGUUAUAAAGUCGCUAAGGUUAGCAUUCAAUACAAAGAUUCUACAAAUGAGCUAAAAACCGAAAAAGAGAGUGAAAAAUCAGUAGAGAAUUUAAAAAAUACAGAUACUGCUGUAACAUCUCACAGUUUAAACAAUGAAAGUAUAUUUGAAUCACCAAAUAAUACGGAUAGUAAUAAACAAAAUCAAACUUUAAUAGAUAAAAUCUAUGAUAAGAAAAUUUUAAAUGAAAACAAAACCAUUACGGAUAGACAAGAAGAUAGAAAAGUUGAUGCCAAAUUAGUUGAAAAAUCCUUUAAAUCUGACUCUGAAAGUACUACUACACCCAAUGCAAAGACAACAAUAGAUGAUAUUUUGGAUGACUUGAUAAUAAAUAAGAACAUGAAAAAAUAUGACGAUGAUGAAUAUGAUAAAAGUCUUUUUCCCGAAACUCUAAGUAAAUCUGAUGAAAGUGAUUCUGAACUCGAUGGAUUAGAUCACGAUUUUCGACCAAGCAGAAGAAUGUUUGAUUUUGUCCCUGAAAUUAAUUAUAAGGGAAAAUCUGAAAGUCAUGAACUGUUGGAGCCUAGUAUUCUAAUUAAUACACAUCAGCCACCAUAUGGUGAUAGACCAAACCCUUCUUAUACUUUCUCACCAAUAUUAUUAUCAAAUAAACCUAUACCAGAUCCGUACAGACUAAAAAACCUAUGGUUACCUCACAACUACAAUGAGGGGCCAAAUCCAAGUGGCGAUGGUGGUGACUCAAGAGACAUGCUAAACCCUAACCCAAGAGAAAUAUUAUUUGGACCAAAUGAUGAGGAAGUAAAUAAGCUUAAUAUCCAAAAUGGAUUCGGCAUAUUACAGGAACUGAUAAAUAAUCCAAAUAGAAUGGCUGAAGAACCAGAGAUUUCGGGCCCCAAUAAAUGGGAUCAAGCGCCUACCUCGUAUAAUGAACCAAACUUAUGGAUGCAACAUGUGAUGACGGUACCGACUAAAUGGAAACUGGCACCAGGAUACCAAAAUAUUCCAAAUUACUGGUUACAUCCGAGUACAUUAAAUAUUCCAAAUAAUUUUAAUCCAACAAGAACAAAACCGUCGCAAGAAAUAUACGAUCCUUCGUACUUUGGAACAAACGCUAUCCUUCCAUUCGAAUAUACCACAUUAGACUCUAACGCCUAUCCCUACGUCACAGCAAAGAAGGACAAAAUAGCUGAAAUGAAUAUAAAUCCAAUAUAUAGAAACCUCGCUCUACCCUCAAUUCUUCCCAAUCCACAGCUACCAUAUAUCAGAUACGGAAUAAUUAGAUAUCCUGGUGCUUAUGCACCUUCUAAUCCCAUAUUGAUGGCUCGAAGAAAUCUGGCAUUGGUUCCAAGGUCUCGACCAUUUUUAAUAGACAACAGUUUCCUCUUCAAUCGAAUGUGCUGUUAUUAAUUUGUAAAAUGAUAAUGCGUAUUCAGUUACCACUUUGCUAGCUAUAAUUAACCUCGUGAUUGAUGGAAAAGUGUCGCGAUAUUCCUAUCAUGAAAAUCGUUGCUAUAAAAUUCAUAUUCCGUGAUAAUAAAUCAUUACUUAUAUAAGGUUUAU